AUGCGCCUGCAACGUGCCUCACAGUUCUUCGUUGCCCUCUCCCUGCUGUGGCGCCCUCCUUGCGUUCGAGCCGAGCCUCAAUGCGCCAUAGACCCGAAUUCCAUCGUCACCGAUGCCUGCACCUCCUACUCGGACCUCGAGCGGCUCAAUGCCAACCUGUUCCCGUUCCUCGACGACCUGACCCAACACACCGAUUUCUUUGCCUACUACCGACUCAACCUCUACAACAAGGCGUGUCCCUUUUGGAGCGAUGAGAACUCCAUGUGCGGCAACCGGGCCUGUGCCGUCGAGACAAUAGACGAUGAGAGUGACAUCCCGCCCAUCUGGCGCGCCGCCGAGUUGAGCAAACUGGAGGGUGCAAAGGCCAAGCACCCGGGCAUUGCACAGCAGCGAGAGAGACCCAAAGACCGCCCGCUGCAAUACCAAUUGGGGGAGGACGUGGAUGAGAGCUGUGUGCUGGAAGAGGAUGACGAAUGUGACCAGAGAGACUACUGCGUACCAGAGGACGAGGGCGCCGCGGCCAAGGGUGACUAUGUCAGUCUGGUUAAUAACACAGAACGAUACACCGGCUACUCGGGUCUCGGUGCUCGACAAGUCUGGGACGCCAUCUACAAGGAAAACUGCUUCUCCCCCAAGUCCCCCCGACACGCCUCACUGAAACCAAAGCCUCUCCAAGCCGCACAGAGUCUGAAGGAAGUCUUCCAAGAGUAUGGGCGACAACAUGUGGACGAUACAGACGAUCUGUACCCCCUCGACGAUGAAUGCCUGGAACAACGGGCUUUCUACCGCAUCGUCAGCGGCAUGCAUGCGUCCAUCUCGACACACAUCUGCUGGGAGUUCUUCAAUCAAACCACCGGCGAAUGGGUCCACAACCUCGACUGCUACAAGGAGCGGCUGCACAAAUACCCGGAGCGCAUCUCCAACAUCUACUUCAACUACGCUAUCCUGACGCGGGCCGUCGCCAAGUUGAGGAAACACCUUGAAUCCUACACAUUCUGUUCGGGCGAUCCCGACCAGGAUUUCCACACCAAACAAAAAGUCCUCGCGCUCGCCGACACCGCCGCGUCGGGCCCGCACACCUUCGACGAAUCCGUCAUGUUCCAAGACCCUUCGGUCAUGGUGCUCAAGGAUGACUUCCGCAACCGGUUCCGUAAUGUAUCCAGGUUGAUGGACUGCGUGGGGUGCGACAAAUGUCGGCUCUGGGGAAAACUACAAACCGCGGGCUACGGGGCCGCAUUGAAGGUUCUGUUUGAGUAUGAUGAGAAUAAAAAUGGCGAAAAUCCCCAUUUGAGGAGAACCGAGUUGGUGGCCCUGGUCAACACUCUCGGCCGCCUUAGUCACAGUCUGGAUGCCAUCCAGAAGUUUCGCACCGCCCUUAACACGGGGGAUAUGAGUGUGCUGGACAUCCAGGGCCCCCUUUCGCUGUCUGCCCGGAUUGACACCACCAAUCCAGAAGACACCACCGACUUCGAUGACCUGUACGACGAUGUGGACACCCCAUCCUCAAGUGGUUCGCCGCAGGAAGGGACCAUUGCCGAAGCAUUCUGGACGGAGCUCGAUCUCGUAUGGCGCGCAUACAAGAUGGUUCUGCGGUCGUGGUUCGAGCUGCCGUUCAAGAUUGGGGCCAUCUUCGUCAUGGAAAUGAAUCGGCUGUGGAAUUUCUGGCUGGGAUUGCCUGUCCCCGACCGUUCGUGGGACUUCCGUUUUCCCGGUCGCGACGAGUUGUAG